GGCCCUGAGAGAAUAGAAGCUGUGGCUGUGUUGCGUAGCGGUCCCGGCGGGUAGCAGUCUGUUUGUCUGUGUGCGUUUGGUUUAGAAACCACGACGUGAUUUUUUCACUGUCGCGUCCGUAGUGAAAUCUUCUGGUCCUUAAGCCUCUUUAAAGUUGUUGGUUUUUUAUUGUUAAGGUAACGAUUCACUAUGUUUGUAGAUGGGUGGGACGAAGAUUUGAUUUGGGAUAACAACAUCACGCCAAUCACAAGAAUUUGUUGUGUCUGUAUAUUCGGUAAUAAUACUGAUUUUCUGUACAGCAUUAGAGUUUGGUCUUCUGCUUAGUUCGUGUUAGUAGUGGUGGGUACCCCCCAGGUGAUUUUCUUUUUUUUUUUUUUUUUUUUUUUAACUUAGUCGGCGGCAUGACUGACUGUGAGCAGAGCCUGCAUGGGGAUAUGGUUUCUGAGCUGCAUGACUCGGCUGCUGCGGGGGACGCCGCCCGGCUGAAGGCGCUGCUCCGGCGCUCCCCGUCCCUCCUCAACGCGGCCGCCGGGAACGGCUGGACAGCUCUCAUGUACGGCGCUAGAAACGGACACCUCGAGGUUGUGCAGGCUCUUCUUCAGGCAGGGUGUGACAGAUCCAUCAUUAAUAAAUCAAGGCAGACAGCUCUGGACAUUGCUAAAUUUUGGGGGUACAAACACAUAGCUAAUUUGUUGGCUAAUGUGAAGGGUGAUGGUAAACCUAGUUUUUUGUCAAAUGAUGUGAAAGAAUAUGAAAAUUAUUUUGGCAUGACACUUCUGGAUAGAAGGAGUGAUAAAAGAACAGAUUCCAAGUGGCUAAGUAAAAAACAAAGCCAUCCAGAUACAGUAUACAUCCUCUUCUCAAAUCUAAGUCCCUUGGUUACUGUGGGUGGGGGAAGAGAGAGCUCACAGCAACCAGAAGUGAAGCUUUGCAGGCUAUACCACAGGGAUGUGGAACAGUACAUAAACCAAACUGAAGAAUGUACCUUGAUUUUUCUUGGAGUGGAACUUCAGUUUGAUGUGAACCUGAUGGUGGCUUGCCAUGGAAGAGUUCUACAAGAAGAUGAAGAAGAUGGGUUAGUUGCUUGGUUUGCUCUUAGCAUAGAUUCUGUUUCUGCUGAAAAAUUUAAACAGAAGCAUGAGGGUUGUUACUUUCUUCAUCCGCCGAUGCCAGCACUACUGCAGUUACCUGAAAAAGAAGCUGGAGUAAUAGCCCAGGCGAGAUCUGUUCUGGCAUGGCACAGCCGCUACCGAUUCUGCCCAACAUGUGGGAGUGCAACCAAGAUUGAAGAAGGGGGUUACAAGAAAACGUGCUUAAAAGAAGAUUGUCCCAGUCUCCAAGGAGUUCACAACACGUCAUAUCCAAGAGUUGAUCCUGUUGUGAUAAUGCAAGUUAUCCAUCCAGAUGGAAACCACUGCCUUUUAGGUAGGCAGAAGAGGUUCCCUCCAGGAAUGUUUACCUGCCUUGCUGGAUUUAUAGAACCUGGCGAAACCAUAGAAGAUGCUGUUCGAAGAGAAGUAGAGGAGGAGGCUGGAAUCAAAGUUUCCCAUGUUCAGUACGUCUCCUGUCAGCCGUGGCCAAUGCCCUCCUCCCUAAUGAUUGGCUGCUUAGCUUUUGCAGUGUCCACAGAAAUUAAAGUUGACAAGAAUGAAAUAGAGGAUGCCCGCUGGUUCACUAGAGAACAGGUUGUGGAAGUUCUCAUUAAAGGAAACCAGCGUUCUUUUUUUGUACCACCAAGUCGAGCAAUUGCACACCAGUUGAUAAAACAUUGGAUUGGAAUGAAUGCUAAUCUUUAG